ACGCGGCAACAGGAUCGCGACGAGCCACAGUGUCUAGCAUUCUCUUUUGAGGCGCCAGCGCGAAGAUUAAAAGAUUUUCUCGUCCACUGGGCCAUCGAUCAAUCGCCGCCGCGGCAGCGCGCAUUCCAUCGAGGUGAGCUGGAAAUCCAUCGCUGCCAGGGUUCUUAUCCCCUUCCUCGCUAGGGAUCCUCCAUUUCGAGGCCCCAAUGCAGCUCCUCCACGCGAUUAGGGCUCUCGGACAACGCAUUUCCGCUCGGCAUUGGAGCUCGCGUCGAUGAUACUCCGGCGGCGAUGGAUCGCAGCUCCUCCUUUCCAGCUCGCAAGCUGGAGCACGAUUCCGGCGGCGACGCGGCGGCGGCGCCAUCGCUGGAGCACUGGCUGGUGGGAUUUUGCACCAUCAGGUUCGAUUUAGAACAGGGACAGGUUGUGGAGGAAUGCUACCCGGCCGGGGCUUUGAGCCAGGAGGAAGAGCUCGACGUGGCCUUCAGCUCCUUUCCAGACUCCAUGGCCAACUCUCGAGCAAGCAAAGAUUUUGGAGUGCACGACACAGUCUUCUUCUUUCGGACGCAACGACGUGGGUUGCCACUCGAGAACUCCAUCUCUAGGCGCAGCAGCUUGACAAGAUCCACUUCCACGCUACCUUUCAAGGCCGAGGAUCAGGAUGGCGCUAGACUUUCGAUCGACUCGGAGGUUCUCAAGAAGAAGAGCAACGAGAAGAGCGUCGGCGUGAAUGGGACGGCGAUCAAUGGUCUCGGCAAAGGUGGGCAGAAGUAUCUCUACGGCUUCGUCUUCAACAGGCAGAGAUACGACGCAAAGCUCAAGCGAGGUGGCGAGCAAAAGUCGGUGCUGGUUCUGUCCGAGCUGCCGCUUUACUGCGUCUUCAAGCCGCUGGUGGAGCUCCUGGGGCCGCUCUACUUUGAGAACGGUGUGGCGGCGCUCGAGCAGGCCGCGCUACACAUGUCUCGCUGGCCGCGGCCGAGGUUUGGGACGAUGAUGGAACUCAUGCUCGGGAAAGUUGUGAUCAAGUCACAUCUUCCACCGCUUCACACGCUUCCGCCGGGGCCUGGAGCUUCCAGGGACGGGUUUACGAGCGCCAUGGCUCCCGUGUCGCCGUCGAACAGGUCGGUUCCUCAGAGUAUCUUCCACGACGUGAACCUCUACGGAGUUUUUAAGGGGCUCUUGGGGCAUCUCUGGACGCUCUGGGAGCUGCUGUUGAUAGGAGAGCCGCUGCUGGUGAUCUCUCCCACGCCUUCUCAGUGCUGCGAGGCUGUUGCGGGGUUGAUCAGCUUGAUCGCGCCUCUGCCAUGCAGCGUCGACUUUCGGCCGUACUUCACGAUCCACGAUCCGGGCUUCGCGUCGCUCAACUCAUGCACGGAGGAGGACAGGAUACCUCCGAUGAUCCUCGGCGUCACCAACGUUUUCUUCCUCAAGGCGCUCAAGAUGUUUCCUCACGUCCUCUCGGUGGGAGCUUGCGGGAGCUUGGACAGGAAGAAGGUGGCAGGCAAAGCAACGUCGCAGGGUCGCCUCCAAAAGCAGAUACAGCUCGUGAGGCGGCUCUAUCCAGCGAACUUGCUCGCCAGGAAAGAAGGACCGCUGUGUCUGAUGGGAGAGCACAGGGAAGCGCUGUGGACGACGCACAGCCCCGCGACCAAGGGAGAUGUCCAGGUUCUAAACAGGCUGGUGAACGCAGAGCCGUCACUUUGCAUCGAAGAAUCGACCUCGGUCGUCAACAAUGACGCCUUGAGGCGGCAUUUCCUGGAGCUCACCACAAACUUCCUGGCACCAUUCGGUCCUUACUUGCGAGCGAGCACUCCCCAGGAGGGAAUCUCGCCGUUCUUGGGGCCGCCGCCACUUCCACCGUUUGAUGCGUUGACGUUCCUGGAAGCUUUGGCCGGAAGAGGUCCCGGGAAGUUCUUGUCCAAGCGGUCGAACACACACUGGCUCAAUCUCUACAGGCAAUUCUUGGAAGGACCGAACUUCAUGCCUUGGUUCCAGAGGAGACGAGCUGUUGCCGAGCAAGAGCAACACCGUCUGUGGCGAGACGCCUGCAACAAAGCGGACGUUCGCGUGUUCCUCCGGAAGAUGACGGAGGUGGAAGUCGUCGAUUCGUUCAACGCUGUGGAGAGACACCUCGCGGAAGAAAUCGAGGUUUCCAGAGAGAGCGGCAUCGACUUUAACAAGACUAAUGCGUUUGAGAAGAUUACCGGCGAUCUAAAAGCCAUUUUCGAGUUCCUGCCGAAAGACCUCCAGGAGCUCAUGUACCUGAAUCCCCAGCGAGCAAAAUUCCUUCACUUAUAACACAGGAUCAAAUCGAUCAAAGCGAUGGAAGAAAGAAAGUAGUAAAAAGAGAAGAGGUCGUUCACUUUUUCCAAGUGGGGAUCACCAUAGAAUACACAGAAUGGACAGUGCAUUGGAUUAUAUCAGCAAAGUCUCUGGUGAUUGCUCACA